AUGUCAGGGUAUAAGGAACUUGAGCAUAAAGCCGCAGGUCACGAUGGAACUUUGACAGAUGAAGACGGAUUAUUAAUAUUCAAACCAUUGAAUGAGCAAGAGCUGCAAUUUUAUAAAGAUGUACAACAACAGUCAGUCGCCAACCAGGACAAAGAAGAAGAUGGAGAUGUUCCUUUAGAAUCGUGGAUUCCAGUCUUUUUAGGGGUAUUAGAUGAAGGACAUAACGUACCGAAAAAUUUGACAAACGAUGUGCAUAUUGUAGAUAGUGGUGAAAGUUUGAUAAAUUUGACCCCGGAUAGAGAAAAUGGAGGUGAAUCAAAUAUUGCAGAAAAGAGAUUUUUAGUUCUUCAAAAUUUAACUGCUGGUUUUAAGAAACCAAAUAUUAUUGAUAUAAAACUAGGUAAAAUAUUAUAUGAUGAUAAUGCUACCGAAGAAAAAAGACAGCGUCUUUCAGAAGUAAGUCAAACCACAACUUCGGGUUCCCUUGGUUUCAGGAUAUGUGGAAUGAGAAUUCAAGAAAAUAAAAAGACUUCAAGUAUUGAGAAGGACCAUCACACCUUCCAAUCUGAUGGAGAAUAUAUAUUCAUAAACAAAAUGUUUGGUAGAACUAGAACUCCGGAUGAUGUCAUCGAUGCAUUUGGAACAUAUUUUGCAAACUCUUUACUUAGUGAAAAGAGGUGCUCCACUUUGAAGCAAUUAUUCUUUCAAAGAUUGCAAUUAUUUUAUAAUACAAUUCUGAAUUCUGAAGUACGCAUGAUAUCGAGUAGUCUCCUCUUCAUCUACGAGGGUGAUCCAUCGCGAUGGGAUUCUCAGAAUGAUGAAGAUGCUCUUAUAAGUGAUGAUUUUAUUGAUUAUGAGGAUGAUGAAGAUUCGGAUAGCGAUGAACUACCCUCAAAGACUCCUUUAAGUUUAAUGGCGUUAAUCGAUUUUGCACAUUCUAAAGUUACUAAAGGAGCUGGAUAUGAUGAAAAUGUCAUAGAGGGAGUAGAAAGCUUGUUGAAUGUUUUCUCGAAACUAAAUGAACAAUCUAUAUAG